AUGUCACCUCCAAUUCUCCUCCUGAAGACCAAGUCUUCCCCAAACGACGGCUACGACGACUUCUUCUCCGCAAACAACUACACUCCAACCUUUGUCCCCGUCCUCGAACACCGCUUCCACACCUCUAACCUUGCCGACGUGCGCGAGCUCUUCGCAGCCGGCGCCUUCGGACAAAAGACGAAUGAUGCUGGUCCCACAAGCACCAACGUACAACUCCCCACUGCUGGCACCUCAAAACAAUAUGGUGGCAUGAUUUUCACCAGCCAGCGUGCGGUGGAGGGUUUCGCGCAGAUGAUCGAGGAAAAAGGCCUUCCCGCGACCCCUUCGAUUCCUCUUUACACCGUCGGCCCGGCCACAGCACGAACCCUCUCCUCAUUGCGCGACAAGUACCUACCCACCAGUACGAUCCACGGCGCGGAUACGGGAACAGGUGAAAACCUGGCGCAUAUGAUGCUCGAUCACUACAAUGAUCUACAGAAAAUGGCGACUUCGGAUUUGAAUGGCGCUCCCAAGUCCAAACCAGGACUGUUGUUCUUGGUUGGAGAACAACGCCGAGAUAUCAUACCCAAGACAUUGAUGGAUCCGACCCUCCCGGAAGACAAGAGGAUAAACGUGGAUGAAAUUGUUGUCUACGAGACUGGUGAGAUGGAUUCCUUCGAGAAGGAUUUCGCGGAGUGUGUGCAGGGCUGUGCCGGCGAGGAAGUUACUUGGGUGGUUGUCUUUUCUCCGUCCGGAUGCGAGGCUAUGCUACGGGUUUUGAAAUUGGGUCCCUUUGCUUCAGAUGGUUCCAGUGCUAGCAGCAAGGGCUCGAGGAGGAUAUUUGUUGCGACGAUCGGCCCUACGACGCGUGAUCAUUUGAGGAACAAGUUUGGGUUUGAACCGCAUGUUUGUGCUGAGAAGCCAAGUCCAGAAGGUGUUGGCGAGGGCAUCAAGAGGUUUAUGAAGAGUCGAUAG